AUGUAUGUAUGUAUGUAUGUUCAUAUAUCUCUUCCCAGGAAGACCAUUUUCAAUUCCAUUCUCUCUCUCACGCGCUCUUCGUCUUUUCUCUCACUUUCUUCCUUCUCUUCAAUUUCAAUCUGCGAGGAGCAACCCAAACCCUAGAUCUCUCUCAAAUUGCGACGCAAAUCCCCAAAUUCAUCGGGGGGAGAGGUUUUGAGACCUCCGAAUUCGGAACCUAGAGCUACCACCUGGGGGGACUUUUGCUUUGCUUGGAAAGAAAUGGAACCUGGUCGCUAUGCUCUGCAUCAAGGAUGGGAUAAUAACAGCGCUCUUGAGGGUUAUGGUGCGGUCCAUGAGCCAAAUUUUCGGGUUGGUGAUUCUUAUGAUGAAAGACGAUUUAUAGAUGAAAGAUAUCAAAGAGAUGCUAUAUAUCAGAGAAAUACUUUCCCCCGUGAUGGUUUGGACAGAGAGGCCUAUCUGCCACCAGGACCUGCUGUUGGCCACUGGAGUCAAUCCAAACGGAGAGGUUAUGACGAAGAUUAUCCACUUGAAAGGCAAUCUAGACGACUUCAGAGGCCUUAUCAUGAAUCUUAUAAUCAGAUCGACAGGGAUCGUGAAAUCGGCAUGUACCAAGAAUAUGAUAAAUUUCAGGAUGACUAUACCAGCAUUGAAAAUUAUGCUGAUCGAGGAUAUGAUAAACCUGCCAGGUUUGCAGGAGAUGACCGUGAUGAUUAUGCAUAUGAUGAUUAUGGCUACAAGUCGCGUGUUUCUCACCACCGCAGGGAGGAUAGCCAUGAGAGGGAUUAUGAUCAUGGUCGGCAUAGUUAUGAUUCUGAUUAUGAUAGAGGCAAUAGAAGAGAUAGUAAUUGGAGGCAACGUGAAUCACGAGAACGAGAUACGAAAGGCCUUAGUCGGGAAAGAGAUCUGAGUCCACAUAGGAAACAUGAGCGUUCCCAUUCCCAUUCCCGGUCUCGUUCCCGUUCUCGAUCACGGCGUUCCCGUUCUCGAUCACAUUCCCAUUCCCAUUCCCGUUCUCGUUCCCAAUCUCGUGGAUAUGAUGAUCAUCCAAGAUCUAGGUCCCCUAGAGGUCGAAGUCAUAGUCGUAGUUAUCGGGAAGACAGCUAUGUUGACAGUCAAUAUGAUAGAAGUGAAAGACGUAGGGAUCGUGAGGAUAAACGUCAGCGUGAGCAUUAUUCUGUGGCCCCAUCUGCAACUGUUGUUGUGAAAGGUCUUUCACAGAAGACAACUGAAGAAGAUUUAUACCAAAUCCUUGCGGAAUGGGGACCCCUUCGUCAUGUUCGUGUUAUAAAGGAGAGAAAUUCUGGCCUCUCUCGUGGAUUUGCAUUUAUUGAUUUUCCUUCUGUGGGAGCUGCACAAGGUAUGAUGGACAAACUAGGAGAUGAAGGUCUUGUCGUGGAUGGAAGAAAGCUUUUCUUUGAAUAUAGUAGUAAGCCAACUGGAGGUGCAGGUCCAGAUGGAGCUAUGAAACCUGGUCAUAGUCAUAAGAGCAUUACAGUACCAUCUGAUUGGAUGUGCACUAUAUGUAGCUACAUCAAUUUUGCACGCCGGACUUCCUGUUAUCAGUGUAAUGAGCCACGGACAGAUGAUGCUCCUGCAGCAGAUAUUUCAUCAUCUAAUUCGGCAGCCUUGGGAAAGAAAGGCUUGGAGGCAGGUCCAACCCAUGUUUUGGUUGUCCGUGGAUUGGAUGAAAAUGCUGAUGAGGAAAUGCUCCGCUAUGAGUUUUCCAAACAUUCUCCAAUCAAGGAUCUACGUCUUGUGAGAGACAAGUUUACUCAUGUCUCAAGGGGUUUUGCUUUUGUACACUUUUACUCGGUGGAGGAUGCUACAAAAGCUCUUGAGGCAACAAAUGGAACAACUCUUGAGAAGAAUGGGCAGAUUCUAAGAGUAGCAUAUGCAAAAAGUAUACUCGGACCUGGAUCAGGAGCAUCAGGAACUUCCCAAUCAAGCAGUCUUGCAGCUGCUGCUAUUGAGGCUGCAACAUUUGCCCAACAGUAUGAUUCUGUGGGAUGGGCUCCAAAAGAAUACAAUGCAGAUGACAAACAAUGUACUGCUCCAGCGCAAACUGGCACUGAAGUUGGUGCUCCACAAUCUGGCUUUGUGUGGGAUGAAGCAUCGGGAUAUUACUAUGAUGCUGCUUCUGGUUUUUAUUAUGAUGGGAAUACUGGUCUUUACUAUGAUGGUAAUAAUGGGAUAUGGUAUUCAUAUGAUCACCAGACUCAGCAGUACAUCCCUUGCACUGAUCAAAAUCAGAAUAAAACAGCUAAUAGUGAGUCCGAACCUUCUAAGGCAUCAGAUGGCCCCAGCAGUAAAAAGGUGGUGAUUUCUGCACCAGCUACAACUGUUACAUCAAUUGAGAAGCCAGCUUCGUUGGCAGAUGCUGUCCAGGCUGCUGCAACUGCUGCUUUAGCUGCAGAGAAGAAAGAGAAAGAAAAAUUGAAGGAGAUAAAACUGGCCUCAAAAACCAGUAUUCUGGCAAAUAAGAAGAAAAUGAACAAUGUAUUGACGAUGUGGAAGCAGAGGAGCCAUGAAGGGCAGGCUACUCGUGUUGCUCUUGAUGACAAUCAGUCAUCUAUUUCAGCUGAUGAUAGGUCAUAUUCUUCUGGACAUUCUGCCAAGAAUAAGUCAAAAAAUGAGACUACAGUAAGGGAAAGUACUGCAUCUAACCUGGGAGUUCACACAACUCGUGCCCAGAUUGCUGCUACUGAUUCUCAGGCACAGCCACGGCCUGUCAGUAAUAGCCUUGGGGGGACUCUGAUGGGGGUUAUAAGAGGCUCAGGAAGAGGGGCUGUCAAAUCAGAUGCUUCUUAUUCUGGUUCUACAACUGCUGCACCGUCUAUGGCAAGUUCAUCUUCAGCCAAUAUUGAUGGACAGUCAACUCCCACUCCCUAUAGAACAGAUGUCUCUGCCCUGGGUUCAUACACACCAUCUGUGACUGCUGGAAGUGGACGGAGAAGGUUUUCAGAAAUGCCUCAUUCUGCUUCAACUCAGAAGGAACUACCUCAAACUACCUACAGGGACCGUGCAGCUGAGAGGAGAAGUUUGUAUGGCUCAUCAUCGUCAAUUGGAAAUGAUUUGGAAGACCUUGAUAUUGGGGAUUCAAAUCGAGAUUUCACGUCAAGGAAGGGUGAUCCAAUGCCAUUCCCUCCUGGGGUUGGUGGAGGGCGCACAGUUGGAGAUGUCAACCUUGAUACUUUUGAAGUGAUUGCGGCAGACAAGGCAAUUGAUGAAAACAAUGUUGGUAAUCGGAUGCUUCGCAACAUGGGAUGGCAGGAAGGCUUGGGAUUAGGAAAGGAUGGGAGUGGAAUGAUAGAGCCUGUCCAGACACAAGCCAUGGAAAAUAGAGCAGGACUUGGGAGUCAGCAGAAGAAGCUUGACCCUAGCCUCGAGGUGCAAGCAGGGGACAGUUACAAGAUGCUUAUUCAUAAAAAAGCAGUUGCGAGGUUUCGGGAAAUGUCGUAGAGUUAAGGUUUGAGCCCAAAAUCUGGGAUUUAGCUUUGAGAUAUAUUUAUUGUAUAGGUGUCUUUUGAGAUUCCUACUGAAAAUACUAUCUUGCCAUCUCAUAAAUUUCGAAUUUUAGGUUUGAUAUUUAGUCAAUAUGUUGAUCAAUUGCGCGAAUUUAGCAUGUUUUUUGCUUUGGUUGAACUGAGUGUAUUGAACUUCCAUUCAAUUUAUGUUUUGCCUUGAUGGGUUGAGGAGCAUAA